AGAGUUGGAUAUUUGAUGCUGUAAAAAUCUCUUCGAUAGUUGUAGGAAGAACCUUUUCUGCUAAGGAUCUAAUUGUAUUCUUAACUGAAAAUUGGGAACCUGAUCGGUCUCCAAUUGUAAGAUCUGACAAAUUCCAAGGCCAGUUGUUUGUAUUUAGUAUUGAGCCUUUUAAUCUUUUUCAAGCUGUGAG